AUGGAUAAAUUGGGAGGUGUAAAUGUCAGUACUGGAAACAGCUCUGUCGACAGGGAGUCCUUUUUCCAAUGGGGGGCCUAUCAUCAUCUGGAUUCCCAGGAACUCAGAGUGCUCAUUCCGGUGAUUUUAGGGGUCAUUUGUGUCCUGGGUUUUGCUGGAAACGUCACAGCCAUGGUGGUUCUUCUCUCCAAUGCCCGCAGGAGCAAACUCUCUCUCAUCAACUCUCUGAUCCUCAACCUGACCUUCGCUGAUGGUCUGGUGUUGGCAUUCACUGUCCCCUUCAAGGCUACCACGUUCUCUCGGGCCAGCUGGACACUGGGCUGGUUUGUGUGCAAGAGCUGUGACUGGUUCCUACACUCCUGCAUGGUGGCUAAGAGUUUUACGAUCGCCAUAAUGGCCAAAGCUUGCUACAGGUACGUGAGCAACCCCACGAAGCAGGUGAGCAUCCAUUACAAAACGGUCAUGGUCAUCCUGCUGUUUGCCUGGCUCCUGGCUUGUGUGCUCCCUAUCCCGCACUGGCUGUUCGCCACACUUCGUAUGGAGGGUGAUGUACUGGUGUGUGUCCAGGUUGUGCCACCCAGCGCUCAUAAUUUCAUGUCUGUGUACGCUAAGGCGUACCCUUUGGUGGCUUACUGUGGUCCGCUCAGCUUCGCACUCCUCUACUUUUGGAGGGCAUAUGGCAGGUGUCAGCGGAGAGGUAGCAAGACCCAGAAUCUGAGGACUCAGUUGCGCUCGCGGAAGCUGACCCUCAUGCUGCUCAGCUUGACCAUCACUAUGGCGACCAUGUGGCUGCCCCAGUGGGUGUACUGGGUUUGGACGCACCACAUCAUGGAGAAUGAGGGUCCUAUGCCACCCUUGCUCCUCUCCCUGUCAUCCCAGCUGCUCAUGUUCUCCAUCUCACUAGUGAACCCACUCGUCACCCUCUCCCUGUCAGAGGAGUUCCGUGAGAGCUACAAGGACCUGUGGAGGCGGCUCACCCUACGUAAGCCUCUGCCCAAGCCCAAGCAAGGUCCGCACACACCCACAGCCCAGAAGUCGCCCAGCCCCAGACCCGAGACUGCAGGUCACCCUCCAGUCCACUGGGCAGCACAUAGUGAGGAGUCGACGACGGACAGAGCCCCGGAACCAAGUGCUCCUGUCGCAGAGAGUCCCACCAACAAAGAUGGCAAUGUGCUGCCUGAUGUGGAGCAGUUCUGGCAUGAGCGUGAAACAGGUUCACUGACGGAGGUGAAUGACCCAGUGCCCUGGGAGCACCAGGACUUGAAUGAGGUGAAAAAAUAG